UAGUGUCUCUAUAAAAAGUGUUCAACUCUUUACUACCUUCUUCUUCUUCCCUUCGAGUGUGACCCAACGGCCCUAAAAUUCAUUUGCGCGUGUACAAAGACACGUUCGGGCCUGGCUCUUUCGUGGGCCUGCCCAUGGAGACACUGGGCGGCGGUGGCAUCGGCGUCGGCGGCGGCGGUCACGGCGGUGGAGCAGGUGACCCCGCCCUCUGUCUGCAGGACCUGGUGCACCAUCACUCGUCGCAGCAGCAGCAGCAGCAGCACGGCCACGCUCCGCCGCAGCAGCAGCACCACUCGCUGCAGCAGCAACAAUUACAUUCGCUGACCAGCUCGCAUCAUUCGCACGAGAACGAUGCCGGAGCAGGAGGAGCAGGAGGAGCGGGGUCGGGGAGCAGCGGGGGGAGCGGGUCACAUAACAGUAGCACAGGUCUGCACAAUCUGCACGAUAUAAUGAACGGUAGUUCUUUGGCCGCCCUGCAGGGCGUCGGUGGAGCAGGAGACCAUGCUCCUCCGCCACCUCACGCGCCAUCUUCAGUGCUGCACCAUGAACCACUGGAGAAACUAAAACGUGUGUGGGCCGAGACCGGAGAUUUCCGGGAUUCGGUGUCUCAUAACGCGAUGGCGGUCGUCGCUUCCGGUAAUGGCGGAAGCGGUUCAACCGGCUCCGGAGUCAGUUCCGGAGGCGGCAGCAGCGCCCUCGGACAAUUGUCUUUUGCUGCUCCGAAUGCUGCGCGGCAAAUUAGGAACAGGGACAGGAAAGAAGUUACCCUGAGGUCUUUAACAAGCGACCACGCGACCGUGAAGACGGAAAACGAUACGUCGUUGGACAUGAAUGCGACGACGGACGAAUCCGCUAAUAACGGCGGCAAAAACGAUAAGAAAAACAAACGGCAGAGGCGGCAGAGGACGCACUUCACGUCGCAGCAGCUGCAGGAGCUGGAAGCCACCUUCACGAGGAAUCGAUAUCCAGAUAUGUCAACGCGAGAAGAAAUCGCGAUGUGGACGAAUUUAACAGAAGCCAGAGUCAGGGUGUGGUUCAAGAACCGUCGAGCGAAAUGGCGUAAGCGCGAACGCAACGCCAUGAACGCUGCAGCGGCCGCCGCCGCGGACUUCAAAUCGGGCUUUGGUGUUGCCAACGCACAAUUCAACGGUCUGAUGACAGCUGCUCAAUUUGCAGACACCGAAGCACUGUAUUCACCUUAUGCCAGCUACGCUGGCGUCAACAAUUGGGCAGCAAAAGUCCCACCGAGCCCUUUGGGGGCGAAAAGUUUUCCAUGGAAUCAUCAUUUAGGUAGUGUAGUUCCUACGAAUCACCAUCAUCAUCACCAAUCGGCGGUGAAUUGUUUUAAUCCUGUCUCGUCGUCUAUAAGUCCAGCAGGUGCUGGUGGUGUUAUGGGAGUCACUGGUGGUGUUACUGGUGGUGUUGGUAAUUCAGCACCGUGUCCCUAUACGACGCCUACUAACCCAUACGUGUACAGAUCCGAGCCUUCGUGCGUAGCAAUGUCUUCCAGCAUAGCAAGUCUCCGCCUCAAAGCCAAACAGCACAGCUCAUCAUUUGUAACAUCAACAGGAAAUUCAUCAUACAGCCCUGUUGCCAGCCCCAUACAAUCACGAUCCAGUCCUGGAAGCUCUAGUUUGGGGUCAGCUUUAGGGGCUACUUUAGGAUCUGCACUCACUUCCACUUUAGGGACCACUGGAUUAGGCAGCAGUCUGAGUGCUUGUCAAUACGCUGAUAGGGUUGUCUGAGGACACGCCAAUAACUUGGAUUUUUUUUACCCUACACAAGGAUUUGGGAUGCAAGCAGAUGAAUCGGAAAUCAGAUUGUCUUCCAAUUUUGGUGUUGGGAUUCCAUCCAACGAUCUGCACAUGAAUUUAGGACUUAGAUUGCGCAGUGAUUUGGGGAUGCAAAGUCCCCAUACAGAAAUUACUAGUCUUGGACAAGACUUGAAUGCAACAAAAGUCGGAAGUUUUACUUUAGCAGACGAAUUGGGAUUAUCUGCAAUUACCAUGCAAACGAAUCCUCCUGAAAGUGAUUCCAGGGUUGUUCAAAGUGAUAGGGAUGAUUCGAGUGAUGAUUUGGGAGAUUAUGAAGAAGAACAAUUGUUGA